AUGAAGAAGUUUCAAAUGCUCAAGGCGCCGUCGGCGCCGAGCCGCGGCAAGUCGCCGCCGCCCACGAAGCGGCUCGGCGCGUGCGGCCUGGCCGUCGCGGCGCGCGCGCCCGAGGUCGAGAACUUCAAGCGCGACAACGAGGACGCGGAGCGCGGCGGUGACGUCGAGGUCGUGCGCCGGUCCUUCAUGCCCGGCAUCCUGUCGACGACGGCCGUGACGGUCCGCCAGGGCUUCAAGAGCAUCGGCGGCAAGCGGUCGAAGCGCGCGGACGAGCUCCUCAAACAAAAGUCCUUGGGCCGCAAGCGCAUCAAGGGCGUGGGCCUCCAGUCCAAGUUCCUCUCCGGCCGCGACUUCGCCGCGGGCCAGGUCGUCGCGCCCAUGCUCGACCUCUCGUUCACGACGGACGACUCCGCGAAGGAGGAGGAGGAGGCGGAGGAGCCGGCGCGCCGCGGCGCCUACCGCGAGCACGAGCCCCUCGUGCUCUACGAGCCGACGGACGACGAGGUCGAGGCCGGCGCCGAGGUCAUCGAGGUGCCGCCGAUCCUCUGCCAGUGGCUCCGGCCGCACCAGCGCGAGGGCGUGCAGUUCGUCUUCGAGUGCGUCUACGGCAUGAAGGACUACGGCGGCGAGGGCGCGAUCCUCGCCGACGACAUGGGCCUCGGCAAGACGCUCCAGUCGAUCACGCUGCUCUACACGCUCCUCAAGUCGCUCGGCCGCGACGGCAAGCGCAUCGCGAAGCGCGUCAUCGUCGUCUGCCCCUGCUCGCUCGUCAAGAACUGGCAGGACGAGUUCGAGAAGUGGGUCAACUGCCGCGCGAAGACCAAGGCCGAGCGCAUCGAGUGCAUGGCGCUCGCGGACACGACGCGGAAGACCGUCGAGGGCAUGAUCGACCAGUUCCUGUCGCCCGCGAACUACUACGACGUGCUCGUCGUGUCCUACGAGACCUUCCGCAUGCAGGUCGAGCGCUUCGCGCGCAAGAAGGACUCCGCGGAUUUGAUCAUCUGCGACGAGGCGCACCGGCUCAAGAACCAGGACGCGCAGACGUCGCAGGCGCUCGCGUCGCUCGCGUGCCGGCGCCGCGUGCUGCUGAGCGGCACGCCCAUGCAGAACGAUUUGGUCGAGUUCUUCUCCAUGGCCAACUUCACGAACCCGGGCAUCUUCGGCACGAAGGAGGAGUUCACGAAGCACUACGAGGGCCCGAUCCUCCGGGGCCGCGAGCCCGACGCGUCCGACGCGGCGAAGCGCAAGGGCCAGGACCGCCAGCGCCAGCUGAGCGCUUUGAGCGACAUGUUCAUCAUCCGCCGCAUGAACCGCCUCAACGCGCAGCACCUGCCGCCGAAGCUCACGCAGGUCGUCUGCUGCCGGCUCACGCCGACGCAGGAGAAGAUGUACCGCCACGUCAUCCGGAAGCGCGACGAGCAGGCCGCCGUCGAGGGCCACGUCAAGGACACGCUCGGCUACAUCCAGCGCCUCCAGAAGAUCUGCAACCACCCGGCCCUGGUCGCGCAGCCCGAGGGCGGCUCGGCCGCGAACGCGCGCGAGGCCGCGGAGCUGCGGUCGCUCAUGCCCGAGGACGACCACAUGCCGCGGGGCCGCGGCGGCCGCGAGGGCUGGCACUCCUGCAAGCUCGGCGGCAACACGUCGACGAAGAAGCGGAAGCAGUUCAACGACGACUUCAACGAUCCCGGCUCGGGCUACUUCGCGUUCCUGCUGUCGUCCAAGGCCGGCGGCUGCGGCCUGAACCUGAUCGGCGGGUCGCGUCUGGUCAUGUUCGACCUCGACUGGAACCCGGCGACGGACAAGCAGGCGGCCGCGCGGUGCUGGCGCGACGGCCAAAAGUACCAGUGCUACACGUACCGCUUCGUGUCCACGGGCACGCUCGAGGAGCGCAUGCUCCAGCGCCAGCUCUCCAAGGAGGGGCUCCAGAACGUCAUCGAGGACAAGGCCCAGGUGAACCACUUCGCCACGGACGACCUGAAGAAGCUCUUCCUGUUCCGGCCGAAGACGGCGUCGGAUUUGCACGACGAGCUCCAGUGCAAGGCCUGCAAGGGGCGGGCCGCGGCGCGCAAGGACACGUCCAAGGCCGGCGGCAAGAACGCGCUGAGCGACGGCGCCGCCGACGCGUGCCUCGCGUUCCUCGAGAACGCGGUGCUCGCGGGCGACGGCCGCGCGGACGCGCGCGCGCGGCUCGCGGCGCCCGUCGCCGUCUCCGCCGACGAGGCGUCGCUCCACGGCGCCGUCGAGCGGAAGCGCUGGAACGACGCCAAGCCCCACAUGGACCUCGGCUCCGUGAAAGCGAAGCUCGCCGCGCGCGGCUACGGCACGAUCCAGCAGGUCCUGAAAGACCUGCGCCUCGUCGAGCGCUGCUGCCGCAAGCUCUUCGACGCGGGCCACGCGACGCUGACCGCCGCGGCGCUCAUGGUGCGCCAGGUCGAGGACGGCUGGCCGGGCCUCGUGCCCCAGCUCUACGCGGCGAACGCCGCCGCGGACGAGACCGCCGCGGCCGCCGACGCGGUCGUCUGCGCGCCCUGCGACGCGCCGGCGGAGGACGGCGACGGCUUCAAGCGCCAGCUCUACCCGCUGCCCAAGGAGGAGGACCUCAACAACUGGUCGCACCACGCGGACCUCUCGACGGUGCAGGACGAGGUGCUGCGGCGCGCGCUCCGGGGCCAGCCCCAGGUGUCCUUCGUCAUGGGCAUGUACCAGGACUGGGACUUGAUCCAGCAGGACACGGCGCGCCAGAAGGAGAUCGAGGAGCUCGAGGCCAAGCAGAAGGCCGAGGACCUCGAGAGCGCGCGCGCGCUCGCCGAGGCCGCCGCGGCCGAGGGCGACGUCUGCGACGGCGGCGACGGCGGCGCGCCGACGACAAAGAAGAAGAAGAAGAAGAAGAAGCAGGACGACGCGGGCGAGCCGUCGGAGGCGAAGGCGAAGAAGAAGCGGCCGCCCGCGGCCGCGGCCGACGCGACGCCCGGCGGCGACUCCGUCGCGUCGGCCGCGCCGUCCGAGGCCGCGUCGGCCGCGCCGUCCGAGGCCGCGUCGACGCCGACGGCGGCGCCCGACGGGCCCCGCUUCCCGACCGCGGGCCAGGUCAUCCACGUCGCCUGGGACAAGGCGUCGACGGUCGACGCCGCGCCGAACCGCUGCGUCGUCGAGGCCGUCGGCGAGCCGCUCCCGGACAAGAAGCGCAAGGGCCCGGAGCACCUCUGCUUCCACGCCGUCGCGCGCGUCAAGUUCCUCGACGUCCUCGACGCCGACGGCGGCUUCGCGCGCGUCGGCGCCGAGGACCCGCGGCCGCGCUACGUCGCGGAGGCGUUCAAGCUCGCGCUGACGAAGUACGGGACGACGUGGCGCGUGCCCGACGGCGCCACGCCCAUGGCCGACGUCACCAACGCGUAGGACAAGCCUGCGCCCUGUGCUAAAGAAGAAAUGGACUGUG